UUGCACACGGACAAGACCGAAUCCUACUACGUACAGUGCACGGUGAUCUUCGCCUCUCUGAUCGUCUUCCUGGCCUACAACUGUUGGCAGGCUGCUCUCUCCGUCUCCUACCAUGAACACUUACGAAUGCAACGUAAUCCAGCUUUAGCCAAACCCACAGUACUCAUUGUCAAUAAGCCUCUUUAUUGA